CGGCUUCACAGUCGAUGAUAAACAUUGGUACCGGGCUCUCGGGGCUCUCAGUGAGCAGAGGCGCGUCGACCUGAAGGCAGCCAAGCGUCGUCCGCGGUCGGUGUAACGGGAGCGACUCUCUGACGGCACUCACGCCCAUCCCACGGUUAAACAUUUCGCAAGGAGGAGACGCAAACCUGUCGCUCUGACAUCGGCCUUUUACCUACCGGGAACCCGUUAGCUUCGCGGCUAACGACAGCUAGCUUAGUUAGCUUCUCUGUCACAGCCUCGUUUUUGACCUCCACCGCAAGACAGGCGUUCUGAAGAUCAUUUACGUGCUAGUUUGGGGAUCGCUGCCCCCCUGCUUCACCACGCCCGGCCCCGUUAUCCCCGUGUGGUGCCCUGUGGACGGCUCCCGAAUAUGAUAAAUAAUGAGUCAAAGAGAUACUUUGGUUCAUCUAUUUGCUGGAGGAUGUGGGGGCACUGUAGGAGCCAUAUUGACUUGUCCACUGGAAGUAGUGAAGACCCGUCUACAGUCCUCCUCCAUCACCCUGUAUGUGUCUGAGGUUCAGCUCAGCACAGUCAACGGGCCCAGCGUGGCCCGCAUGUCUCCUCCAGGCCCCCUGCACUGUCUCAAAUUGAUACUGGAGAAGGAGGGACCUCGCUCGCUGUUCAGAGGCCUGGGGCCAAACCUGGUGGGCGUGGCACCUUCCAGAGCAAUCUACUUUGCUGCUUACUCCACUGCCAAAGAGAAACUGAACGGUGUGUUGGAACCUGACUCCACACAGGUACACAUGGUGUCGGCUGGAAUGGCAGGUUUUACAGCCAUCACUGCGACCAACCCAAUAUGGCUCAUAAAGACCCGUCUACAGUUAGAUGCUAGGAACCGAGGCGAACGCAGGAUGAGUGCGUUUGAGUGUGUGCAGCGGGUCUAUCGGGCCGACGGCCUGCGAGGCUUCUACAGGGGAAUGUCGGCGUCCUACGCCGGCAUCUCUGAGACUGUGAUCCACUUUGUGAUUUAUGAAAACAUCAAACGGCGUCUCCUGGAGGCCAAAGCGCCACAAAACAUGGAGGAGGAGGAGGAGGCGUCCAAAGACGCUUCAGACUUUGUUGGGAUGAUGCUCGCUGCUGCCACUUCAAAGACAUGUGCCACAACUAUUGCCUAUCCUCACGAGGUGAUCCGGACCAGGUUACGUGAGGAGGGCACCAAGUACCGCUCAUUUUUCCAGACUUUAACUACAGUGCCCAAAGAGGAGGGCUAUCGUGCUUUGUACCGCGGCCUCACCACACACCUGGUGCGGCAGAUUCCCAACACCGCCAUCAUGAUGUGCACCUAUGAGCUUGUAGUCUAUCUCCUCAACGGUUAAAGCCCCACCCCCAUCUUAGACGGUGUGUGUAACCCUGACCCUGUUCAGAGACAGAACCGGAAUGAGCACGACUGCACACCAACCUACUUACCAGAAGAGGACAGAAACGUCACACUGAGCUUUGUGUCGGUGACACGAGUGGUAGUUUUCUAACCAAAAGGGUCUGGAGUGAGGAGGAGGUCUGAAAAGAUUGUAACUGGUUCAGGUUUCUAGGUUUAGCAGUAGCAAAGAAACUGUUACUCUGUUUUUAUUUAAUUCCAUCCCUUCCAACCUUUUACUUCUGUAUGUUGCUUGUGGAAGCCCAGAUGUAGAGCGCUGAAGAGAGAUUCUCUAUAUUCUGCCUCUGCCAGUACUAAUAAGAGGAGGGGUACAGUGAUUCCAGUCUUUACUACCUAGUGGAUGUAAGACCCUCUUCAGCUGUAGGCUUUGUCGUCAUGCUGAUGGUCAUGUGUAAUCUUUGUUAACAGUGUCAUGUAGCAUUCCCUGCAUCCCUCAGAGGCCCAGAUUAAUGGAAUAAUAGGUAGGCUCCACACGAGGCAGGGAGGUGGGGGCUGAACCUUGUGAACACGUGACGUGGCCUGUGACAGCUGUUGGAGCUGGUUGACCUGUUGCAGCAAAGAUGUAGAAAUGUAGCUGUACACUGGUAUUGUGUGGUGAAUGUUUUAUAUAUAUCGACAUAGACACACUGUCAUAAAAGUUUUCAGUAACCAAAUACUAGUGAUGUCCUCAUAAUUUAAGAAUUGACAUGCAUUUACUGCUCUUUACAUAAAUGGCCACAUGACUGGUAUGCGCUUGCCUGUUACAGCUGACGUCUGGUCUUCAACACUUAAGAGCAGUCACUCAAAGUGUAAAGACUCACCAACCUGAACCAGAACCUUAUCCUCCAUUCUAACAACUGGAAUGUAAAUAAAAAAGGAGGGAUAACUUUAAUUAAUGCAAGAGUUUAGACUGACCAAUAUUUUGAAAUAAAAUAAAUACAGUUAACACGUUUUAAUGAAUUCUAACAUAUUAAAAUCUAUAUUAAAAACGCCUGCGUGACCUGACCAAGUUGCAUCUGUCUGCUUUUGGUAAAAUGAAAACGUAGUUUCUUUAGAGUGGAAGAGGUUUGGUAGAUGUUAGUUGUUACCGUCUUCUCAAACAUUGAUGUUCUCCUAGUAUUUAACAAAUCUUCAUCUCGUGUUUUUUUUUUUUGUUUGUUUUUUUUUUGGGAAUCCAAGCUAGUUUUACAAGCGAGGACAAUCCUCUGGAGUUUACGCUGUGGAAGAAUACGCACAUUAAUAACAUGCAGAUCAGUAUGAAAAUAAAAGUACAACAAAAAAGAUUUUUAUUAAUCAGUCAUUAGAGGAAAACAUUCCCUGCAUCUGGACUGGUUAUAAAAUGGAACUGUUGUUUUGUCAGGAUGUCUGUUAAGGUAUGAGAAGGUGCUUGGUCUCUGCGUCACAUGCAUUUGUUUUUGUUUUGUUUUUCACUUUUUUUUUUUUUAAUCUCCUUUUUCAAACAGUGAAGCUGACAAGAACUGUGUUUUGACUUCCAUAUUAAUUCCUGGCAACUGUGCCACUAAUGUUCCUUUAUGCAUUUCUGUAAUCAGGCCACACCAGAAGCUCUGUAAUAUUUACAUGCAUGGCUUUGCACCAAUCACUGUCUGUCUGUAAAAGCCAAGGCCGUUGCAGUAAAGUUAAUUUAACAUUUAACAUUUGACGGCCUGAUGGGUCAUUGUGCUGGUGUGAGGUCACUGGGCUGUUGCUCACUUACUUGGUGCCGUUGUGCUGUAGAUUGCAGAACCAGCUCGAGUGUCCAGCCCCAAAGAGCUGAAGAUAUGUUUCCACUGAUGCUAUUGAAGGACCGUUCAGUGUGAAGCUCUCAGCUUUGCAGAAAUGCAUAAAGGAACAUGAAGGACGCAGCAGUUAAACCUCGUCUGAUGCUGUUAGAGAUGCUAACAGACUAACUGCUAAUCAUUGCGCUGCUGAUGUAGUCGGUGGAGACUCCGUGGGAGCCACUGUUGCUGCUAGUGAUUAGACGCUUGUGUUUCAGUGCGACGGCUACACUCCCAUUGUUUCAAAAAUCGUAACUAAAUUGACAGUCAGUUCACCCAUUUUAUUUUGUCUUAUUUGCUUUUGUCUAACUACAAACAAUUGUUUUUUUUUAUUUUCAAACCUAAUAAAUCUGAACUUUAAAUUCCAAAUAUACGCAGAGAAAAUCCUAUUCUCUUUGCGUCACCCGAUUCUUUAUCCGAAUAUUUCUAUGCAUUUCCUUCACUGUGUUAGUGUCUGUGGUUUGUCAGAUGCAUCCCAUGGUUUCCCAUGCAGUGUGUGCUAGUAAGUGAGUGUGUGUUGCCUGUGUUUGCUUGAUGACAAUUAUGUCAUUCAGUCGUGUGAAAGAGACCAUAACCGUAUGUAUGCACAUACAGGAACUGCUGCAAACAGUGUUGCUUUCUUUUUCAAAUAAAUUUGUCUCGUCCUGA